AUGAGGCAUUCUUUGAUUGAUAAGGUUAGAGAAGCUCAAUCUCAAGACCUGACAUUGAGAACAUUGAAAGCAGAAAUUAGUACUGGGUUAAGAACGGAUUAUGUUAUUAGAGAUAAAGGUGCACUGGCUAUAGGUAAUAGAUUAUAUGUUCUAGAUAUUCCAAAAUUGAAGAAAGAGAUUUUGGAAGAGGCAUACAGUUCUGCUUAUGCUAUGCAUCCAGGUAAAAAUGGUCAUGAUGGUGUUUGGAUUAUUGUGGAUCGUUUGACCAAAACGGCCAGGUCUUUGCCCAUCAAAGCCACUUAUACAUUAAAUAAGUUGAGUUCAACGGUAGCUGGGACACAUUUGUCAUUGAAGGAGUUUGUUUAUAAUAACAACGACCACUCUAGCAUAGAAAUAACUCCUUUUAAAGCUUUAUAUGGUAGAAAAUGCAGAAUACCAAUUUGCUGGGAUGAAGUUGGUAAGAGAAAGUUAGUAGGUCCUAAAUUAGUUCAAAUGGCUUCAGGAAAUGUGGAAUUGAUCAAAGAAAAGUUGAAAGCAGCACAAGAUAGACAUAAAAGUUAUGUAGAUAGGUGCAGGAAAGAUCUUGAAUUUGCGCUUGGAGAUAAAGUAUUUCUAAAAUUGUUGCCUUGGAAGUUUUGA